AUGUCAAUCACUAAAACAUACAAUGGUGAUACCACCUCACUCGUACCAACUCAACUGGUAAAGGAAUCAUUAAGACUAAUUGAAGAUUUAAAAUUCUUUUUAGCCACUGCUCCAGCCAAUUGGCAAGAGAAUCAAGUGAUUAGAAGAUACUAUUUAAAUCAUGAUGAAGGUUUUGUUAGUUGUGUUUAUUGGAACAACUUAUAUUUUAUCACUGGUACCGAUAUUGUACGUUGUAUUGUUUAUAAAUUUGAACAUUUUGGAAGGAAAAUAAUUGAUCGGAAAAAGUUUGAAGAAGGUAUUUUCUCCGAUUUAAGAAAUUUAAAAUGUGGUGCUGAUGCAAUUUUGGAACCUCCUCGAUCAGAGUUUUUAGAGUUCUUAUUUAAAAAUUCUUGUUUAAGAACACAAAAGAAACAAAAAGUGUUUUUUUGGUUCAAUGUUCCUCAUGACAAAUUAAUGGCAGAUGCCUUGGAACGAGAUUUGAAAAAGGAAAAAAUGGGUCAAAGACCAACUACAUUGGCCCAUAGAGAACCAGCAUUAUCGUUUCAUUAUGAUGAGUCUUCCAGUUUGUACACCCAAUUAGGGAAACACAUGGAAACACAAAAGAGAAUCAAUGAAACAGCCACAAACUCUACUUCUAAUACUGCUAGCACUUUAACUGACACCGGUGCAUCGUCAGGAUUGAAUAAUAAUACCACUUCUGGUGGUGCCGAUAAUGCAACCUCCAUGCACCACAAUAACAACAAUGAGGCCGCAUCCACCAAACAAAGUAAUGCUAGUGAAAAAUCAUCACCAGAAUACACUACAACUGCCCGAGGUAGAGACGAAUUCGGAUUCCUCAAUGAAGCUACACCAAGCCAAUACAAAGCAAGUUCAGAUUAUGAAGACGAUUUCCCAUUGGAUUAUAUCAAUCAAACUAGUCAAAAUUCUGAAGAUUAUAUAACCUUGGAUGCAAAUUAUCAAGCAGGAAGUUAUGCAAAUAUGAUUGAAGACAACUACGAUUCCUUCUUGGAUGCAACACUAUUUAUACCUCCUGGUCUUGGUGUAACCACAGGUGGAAAUACAACUGGAACGGCAGCAACAUCAAACCAAGUUGCAUUUAACGAUGAAUACUUAAUUGAACAAGCUCAACCAAUAAGGACUCCACUACCUCCAAUAUCAUCAUCAACAAUAUCAGGAUUAUUACAACCGAAAUCAGCUGCUAAAUUUUUCUCACUACAGAGUGCCAAUGGUGGAGAAGAAUUUUUUCCUGCUUAUCAAAAUGACUCAUCUGCUGCUAAUGCUGGGUUUGUGCCGCCAAUUUCAGCAAAAUAUACCAAUCAGUUUGCCACUCGACAAAUCGCCACCCCAACUUAUUUAAAGGCAGUACCACAUGCUUCCGGUGGUGCUGCUGGCGCUGGUGCCACUGGUAAUGGUGGUCAACCACAACAAUAUUACGAUCAAGCAACUGGAAAUGCUUUUUAUCCAGCAGAAAUACCCGUGCUGUAUAAUGUUGUUCAUCCUGAAAGUGAAUAUUGGACCAAUAAUUCUGGCGCAAUUGCUGCUGCUACCGCUGCUCCAAUGUAUGAUGCUUCUGGGUUUCCUAUACCUAUUAACCAGUCAUAUAUGGUAAUGAAUGAACACGAAAUGGUGCCUUAUCAAUAUAUGAAUUCCAAUGGUGCCAUGAUUGGAAUGAUUCCGCCUCACCAACAACAGCAACAACAACAACAACAACAACAACAACAACAAAUUGCCAUGGGAUAUCAAGGCAUGUUGAGACAACAACAGCAUCAACAGCAGCAACAGCAGCAACAACAUUCUUCUACAAUGACCAAAAAGAAAAAACAAACACACUCGUUCAACAAUAAUAAUAAUAACAAGAAUUUAGCAUCCAAUGGUGGUGGGAUUACGAAGAAAUCACACGAUAAUAAUAAUAAUAACCAUAAUAAAGAUAAAACUCUGUAUGGAUCAUUAAAUGAUGUUGUGAAUUCAAAAGUCACAAAAGUAAUCAAUAAAGAAGAAGUAAAACAAUCUCAAACAUAG